GAGCAGAGAGUCUCAGACUUUUGCCAAAGAUGGUUCUUUCAGUGUUUCUGGUUUUUGUAUAUGUCUACGCUUGUGUUUACUCUGCUGUGAAUGCUUCAGUAAAGGAGAUUACAGUAAAUUGUGAUGAAGAUGCAGUUCUCACGUGUGAAGCUGGAUUGGACUUCGGGGUGACAUAUCGAUCUUUACUUUGGUACAAGUGUGGUGAAGAUCUCCUAGACUCUUUGACAAGAAUUAUUCACAAGAAACUAAAGAGCAAUCUGACCCAAAUGUUUACUGGCUUCAAUCGGUCAGUUGAAGUUGAUGGCUCAUACAAUCUGAAAAUAAACAAUGCCACAGUGGAGGACAGUGGGAAGUACAAGUGCUCUCUAUCAGCUCCACUUGGAAUGCAGAACAGAAAGGGAUAUGUCCGAUUAAAGGUUAUUGGUUGUCCAACUCAUCAGACAGUUACUUACUGGGAUGCUUACUGUAUUGUUUUCUCAGUGAUAAUACUGGUAGCAUUAGUGGCUUGUUUCUUGUCUUGGAAAUGUUUGAAAACUGUUUUAGAAGGUGGUCUCAAUGUUACUAAGGAGCAGGUUAAGAUAAACAUGAAGAAUAUUCAGAAGGCGGCAAACACCAGCUUGCAUGGAGGUGAAGCCCAGAAUCCUGCUGGAAAUACCUGUCAGCACCACACGUGCCUGUUAUUACAUUGAUUUGGAAUGAACGUCUUGCUUCUUCAGUAGCUACACAAGCAAGAUAGAAGUGUUUGCCAUGGCUGACAAUCCGGUCGUCAAUCCAGGUUGCAGUUAGCCAGUGAAAACUGAGAGAGAAAAAGAGCUGAACUAAUAGAUAUUGAUGAAGGAGUGCUUCACAAACACGGUACAGUUUGGACAAACACAUGUAUUAAAGAAUCUGUAGUCCUAGCAACAGCAGCCUGUUGCUCAGCUGAAUGAUGGGAGAUGUGCAGAAGAGGCACAAACAGACUUUAUUUUUUUAUUAAAGUCCAAGAAUUUAAAAAAUAAAUACUAAAACCCUUGCCAUAGAAGAACUAUAACUACAGACCACGCAGUGUGAUUAAAAAUGUCAUUAUUCUGUUCUAUAAAAUGAUGUACAUAUUGUGAUCCUCAAGUUUUGCUUUCUACCAAUAGGUCUACAUUUUAAUUUAAAGUCAUGGCAGAGGAUGUAUGGUACAGGGGUUCUGUGGUACAAGAAUGCCAUCUUGUGUGUAUAUUAUGAUUUUGAAAAAGUUAAUAAUAAGGGUUUCAGAAAUACUAAGGAAGGGUACUGCAGUCAAACAUUUGGGUCCACAGACCACUUAGUAUGGAUAAUCAGAUAUAAAUCAGACAGAAUCACUAAAGAUUGCUGGAAACAUGGCAUACCGCUAAAGUUUCAAGAUACAGUUAUUUUUUUCCUUCGCUUAAAGGUGAAGUUUUGUAUUUACUUUGAAUAAUUUCAACAGGAAUAAGUAGUUCUACUUUUACUUUGUGAAAAUGUGAAAGUUAAAUAAAUAAGCUAUAAUAUUGCUGGAGUUACGCAUUGAAUCCAUUUGAAGAAGAAAAAUGAUGAGAGUGUGACCUAUGAAUGUCCCUACAGAGACUUUUUU